GUUUGUAAAUUUAAUCUGCCGCUCUGAAAAUGCGCUCUCCAGUUAGAAAAAAAACCCAGCAAUGAAUGCUUUAUUUUUUUGAACUGCAGAGCGAAUUUCUUCACAGAAAAAUAGAAUGCUGCCGUUUUCAUGAGAGUAAACAAAUGCUUUCUGACAUAUCAAAGUGGACAUAAAAUGGCAUAUUAGAAUAGGGGCACAUGUUUCAAUCAACAGUUUGAGAAUUUGUUUAUAUAGGCGCAUUUAUAAACCACACAGACCUUAACUGAGCUUUGAAUGGCAUAAUGAACAUGGGAAUAAAAUUAUAAGAACAAGCCUUUAAGAACAGCCUACGUCCAGUUUAACUCAUUCACUGCCAGCCGUUUCCUGAUCACUAACGGCCUUCGCUGCCAGCGUUUCUCACCGUUUUUACUGUUUUUUAAGAGUCACAGAACGUUGCGCGCUAGCAUGAUGUCGAUGCCAAAACAACCAAAACAAAGAGGAGACUCACCUCUUACAUCAGGAAGAAUCUGCGUGUUUCGAGCGUUAUCCAUUCUUUCAUAAUCCGUUGUCGAAUUGUGAUCGGCAGACGCUUUUCUGGUUCGCACCUCACUUUUUUUACAGGAACGGCCCAAAACGAUCUCCUAACACAUGGAUGUGUUGCUUCCUGAUUGUGUGAUCUGUGACGUAUGCGGAUGAAGAUCGGCUUCAGGGCUGAGAUGUUUGUUCUCAGCACGGGGCUCGUUCCGAUGCUCAAACAGUAAAAAAAAAGUGCAAAUGACGACUUUAGUCGUCAUUGGCAGUGAACGGUUGGAUCUAAAAUGAUGACUUUAGUCGUCAAUGGCAGUGAAUGAGUUAACAAAAGUUGAGCCCCUUAACAUGGCAAAAGUCCUCCAUUUUCUGAACACAACAAGAGGAAUAGUUUAUUUGGCAUCAUGCAGGAAAAGAAUGGCAUCAACAGUUUCAGGGGCAAGUCCAGUCCUCCUUUCCUCUAUCGCUCUUCCAGCUGCGCUAAAAGCGCGCUCACUGCUGCUGCUGCUGGUCGGGACACUGAAGACCAUGCGGGCUGGACGUGCGAGUUAAGAUGCUGUAUCUAGUCUGCCAUUUGUUUGACGUUUUUUGGCAGCUGAGAGGCGAGGCCUGACUGUUUCAGGUAGCGAACUAAAGCCUUGGCUGCCAACAGGGUCUCCGCUACCUCUGGGACUACUUCAGCCAGCUCAUCUGUGUUUAGGGCAUGUCGGAGGACUGUGUUGUACAGGUGAUCUUGACAAGCCAGGUGCCUGUAUGGACGGAGAGCAGCCAGCACGUUUGCGCCCUGGUCGGUUACCCAGACAACGUUGUUCAUAACGGAUGCAUCAAAGCCGAGGACUGUGACCAACUGCUGCUGAAGCUCUUUUCGGAUAUUAUCUCCUGUUUUCGCAUGGUUUGGGAAGCAUGUUGUGGUGGGUAGCUUGCUCUGUCCUCCAUGUUUGUGGUGGGAGUUGGGGAAGCCCCUUGUGUAAAAGUGAGGGAGAAAUCUAUGGGUGCCAGUGCAUGAGAAGCAGGCAGGUGCUGCUGUGUUCGUGUUUCAGUUUUUUUUAUGAAUUUGAUUAAAAAUAAAGGCGCCCGGCCCGUGUCCGAGGCAAUUACACAGUCGUUGGCCCGAAGCCCGGCCGUUGGGCCGGGCUGACCCCCGGGCCGAGGGGGCUCUACCCUGAAAUAUAUGUACUGCCCUCUAGCGCCAGAAAACUACACACUGCCACUUUAAUGUUCUCUCUCACUACCUAAGGCGAGACAUUUCUGCUGGAAAAGGACUUCUUAUAUAUAUUAAACAACUGGAAUAUAAGAAAACAUUGACACGCUAAAAAUUGUGAUAUUUCGUGCAAUGAUUCUGCAUAAAUGUUUAAUAGAGGGUAUGAAUUUUUUUAUAGAGAAUUUUCUUGCAACUAUUAACUGUAUCUCUUGUGUGUGGUGCAAUUCAGUCCCGCUCUAUUGGUUUGGGGGCCAAUCACAGCAGUUUGAAAUGGCUUUGGCAUCAACUUUUAUUUAGACUUGGGCUUUUCUUUGAAUCAAGAUCAUAUAGAGGUACUAAUGUUUAUUUAGAAAAGGAUGUAUUUGCAUCUUCUUUGACGGAGCAUGGCAGACUGGUUCUUUAACUGACAUCGGUAGCAAUUAGUACGUCACGUUGUUUGUUAUCCAAUAGCAUGCAGAGACGAUUUGAAAGGCAGCCGUUGAUCCCGACCCACAGCUUAGAGCCGUUAAUGGACCGUGGCCAGACUAUAUAUUCACAGGCUAAAUACACACCACUAUUAAAGAAUAAAAAAUCCAAAAAGUCUUUGUCACGUCAAGAAAAAUUAAUUGCAGAUUUUUCCUGUGACAAAUAAAAAUCUAUUAUUAGUUUUAUUUAAUGCUUUAGUUUAAAAUUGGCUGUAGCAGUAAAAUGAUAAACAAGAGAAAAUCCAUUAUUUAUUACAGUCUCAGCUUAAUGUGCAUAUUAGCUGGUUAAUGGAAUGAUUUCUAUUUUUAAAGUCCUAUUAAUGUGCGCGCUGUGGAAACGACACCAUUACCAUUCCUCUGUGGUAAUUCAUUCUACUCCUCCCCAAGAUCCUUAUACUGAACGCUUAUUCUACUUCAGCUCUACUGUUUACUGAUUACUUACUUUGGCUUUUUGUAUGAAUGCAUCAGUCCAUUUUUUCCCAUUUGAAACAAAGCAAGCUGGGAGAAGAUUGGUGCCUCUUUUGCUCAGCAAAGUAUCUGGUAACUCGGCACAUGCUGAGCAAGUGAUCAGCGCCGUCUCUUUAAGAUGCCAUCCAUUAGUAAUAAAUUGGAGCAGAUGCUACAGAGGCACUUUCAGAGUGUGUGUUGUGUCACUAUACAAAGAAUUUCUUUGUUUUGACUGUCGGCAUGCUGCUUUGUGAUCUUUGAAGACAUUAGCAAACCCAAGGCUGUAAUUGUCGUCCGCGCUGGAGUUCUGAAGCCCAACUCCCCACCCACCUUGCCUCCUUCAUUGAUCGGAGUAUUAAGAGGAGGGAGGGCAUGUUGCUCUGUGAAUGGGAGAGUGAGCCAGAGACAGUGUGAGGGGGAGAGAGAGAGAGGGAGGCAGAGGGACUUUAGCGCAGUCAUAUAUGUCAGCCUCAGAAGCUGCGUGGGCUGCUCAGCUGCUGCACGCCAUUGUUGUUGUUGUGAAAAAGACAGAACAAAGGACUCCCCGUGCCGUGGACCCCUGGCACCUUUACCAGCAUAGCAGUGCCAUGAUCACACCCUGAUGGAAUGCUAUUGAAAUGAAAUGUGCUGAGGAGCGAAGCGGGCGCUGACUGAAUUGGCACACAAUUAAACAAAGAAGCAAAAAAGGAAACAGAGCGGCAAACUGGGGCAUCAUCCAAGUCUGAUUUUUGAUCUUGCUUCUUGGACUCUUUGGCCUCCUCUUCCGAUGAGAGGCCGGUGCUGAUACGGUUUGAGUUUCUCCUGUGAAGCUUUGGCGUGGACAUUGCUGUGGAUUGUUGAAAGCGUUGCUGUGGAUACUGAUGGCGGUGAAGCUGUAUUGGAGCUGCAGGCGAGAGCGAACAAGCUGCUUGCUGCUGCGGUGUGCCUGAACCAGGAUAAGCAGCCACGAGAUCCAUGCCACUCUUCUUCUGAAGGCUGCAUCCGUUGCAAAAAAAAAAAACCCUAAUCCUUUUAUUCCCACUCUCCUUGUUCCGACUCAGUCAAUUCCUGGACGUAAUGCAGGAGUGGAUAAAAGUGGAGGCUGCAAAAAGACCCACUCAGCCAGAUGUCUUGGCAUCUCAGGUCAUGUGAUUUUUCAUGAGGGUUGGGUGAAGUGUUGGCGGGUCUGGUAGACCCUGGAACAUCUGUUCCUGUCUCUGCAUGAAUAGUGACGCUCGAAUGAGGAAACGCGAUGCGAGGAACAGUAAUCCUGGUGCAGGUAAACCCAGGUGAGGCCUUCACUAUUCGACGAGAGGAUGGUCAGUAUCAGUGUAUCACAGGUCCUGCUCAGGUUCCCAUGAUGUCUCCAAAUGGUUCAGUGCCUCCAAUCUAUGUGCCUCCUGGAUACGUGUCACAGAUCAUAGAAGAAAAUGGAGUGCGGAGGGUUCUGGUUUUACCUCAGCAACCAGAUUUCCACCCAGGGGGACAUUCCCCUCUCCACCAUCCUCCACCACCACCCCAUGCGCACCUGCCUGCCUUCAUCCCGCACCCUGCCAUGAUGCCUCCUCCGCCUCACCUGUACACAGGCAUUGCUGGGGGUGUGGGGGACUUGAGCUCCCAGUACAUCUCCCAGUAUCACCCGGCUCAGUUCUUCUCAGACCAGGUUUCUACAGAUUCUCUUUCCCAACACGGACGCCCAUCGUUUGUUCACAGAGACGACCGAGCGAGCAAAGCACACGAACGUCUCCAGAAGAAAGUGAAAGAACGUCAGGGAGUUGGAGGUGGCGGAGGGCAGGUGAAGGAUAGUCCCCCACCAUCACCUCGGAAAUCCUGCAACAGUCCCCCAACUGUGGACAUCCAGAACGGCAUCGGAGGGAAGGCGCUGGACGCGGAGCACAGGCAUGUGGUAGCCUGCUCUGACAAGCAGACAGGCAAAGAAAAGAACGGAGAGUUGAAAGAACUUGAUAAAGAGACUCAGGCUUUGCUCGCACUUUUGAGUAACAUCACCAAACCAGAGGUGUCCGACAUCCAGGCCAGAGAAGCAGUCGUCAACUGGAGCGACCCCACCCGGCCAGAGAGUGAAAACACCACCACUGAGGAGGAACCAGUCCUCCCAGAGCCCCUCAGCUAUGAGAUCUCCAUCUCCAUUACUGGCAAAGAUGGGAAAUAUCAGAGCAAGUACAGUGGGGAGGGACUCAGUGCGACUUUAGAAGGCCUUCGACCAGCGACAGACUAUCAUGUCAGGGUCCAGGCGAUGUGCACCAGUUUACUGGGCAGCCCGUCUGAGGCCGUGAGCUUCACCACUCUCAGCUGUGAGCCGGAUCCUCCCGGUCCUCCCAGGAAGUCCAGCGGGACCAAAAACUCCCUGACACUGCAGUGGAAGGCUCCUUGUGACAACGGAUCCAAGAUUAAAAACUACAACCUUCAGUGGGAUGAGGGCAAAGGCACUGGUGUGUUUGAACAGUGCUACUAUGGACCUCAGAAGCAGUACCGAGUGACCAAGCUGUCUCCAGCUUCUAGAUACUCCUUCCGACUCGCCGCAAAAAACGACAUGGGUGUGAGCGAGUUCAGUGAAGUGGUGGACCUGUUCACCUCAUGCAGUGUGCCAUUGCCACCCUUCCCUCCAGAGCUGGAGAUGGCAGGAGUGACCUGGCUGUGUCUGAAGUGGCAGAGGCCCAGUAGCUCACCCAAGGAGGACGACAUCUACUAUAUUUUAGAGAUGGAGGAAGAAGACUCGGGAUAUGGCUUCCAGCCAAGCUAUGACGGCGAUGAGCUCUCCUUCACCGUGAGGAACCUCCACAGGAGCUCCAAGUACAAGUUUAGGGUGGCAGCAUACAACUCAGAAGGGAAGAGUAACCCCAGUCAGGUUGUGGAAUUCAUCACGAAGCCAGACAGACCAAGUUGCCCCUGCAGACCUGUCAUCAGAGGACGAGUCCAGCCCGACAGCUUCAAAAUGGCUUGGGAGCCUCCUAAAGAGAACGGUGGAGCAGAGAUCACAAAGUAUGUUGUGGAGCUGUCUGAAGGCGUAACUGGAGCGUCGUGGGAGCUGGUGUACUCGGGGUCAGCCCUGGAACACGUCUGUGGCGGUUUGAAACCCGGCUGCUCCUACCGGACCAGAGUUUACUGCAUGAGCGAGGGGGGGCAGAGCCCAUUGUCAGAAACGCUGCAGGUCCAGACUCCCGCUGUGCCCCCAGGGCCAUGCCAGCCCCCUCGGCUGGUGGGCAAGCCCAAAGCCAGGGAGGUGCAACUGCGCUGGGGUCCUCCUCACAUCGACGGAGGAAGUCCUGUGACCUGCUUCAGCGUAGAGGUCAUCGGGCCCCAGUCUGAUGAGAGCAGGGAGGUCUACCAGGGUCCGGAGCUGGACUGCACCGUGGGAGGGUUGUCGCCCGGCAGAACAUACGGCUUCCGGCUCAAAGCGGCGAACAAGGCUGGGUUUGGGCCUCUCUCAGAGCGCUGUGAGGUCACAACUGGCCCCGGAGCCCCUGAGCAAUGCAAAGCCCCUUCAACCACGUGCAAAUCCCCCAGCUGUGUUGUCGUCAGCUGGGAGGCGCCUCCUUGUAAUGGCGCUCCGGUGACGGAGUUCCGUCUGGAAUGGGGAGCGGCCGAAGGCAGCAUGCAGGUGUGUUACAGCGGAGCGGGACUCAGCCAUGAAAUGAAGGGGCUGCUGCCUGCAACCAACUACUUCUGUCGAGUGCAGGCUGUGAACGUGGCCGGUGUGGGGCCCUACAGCGAGGCGGUGCUCUGCCAGACGCCCUGCUCGGUGCCGGCAGCUGUCAGCAACAUCUACUUGCUGAAGGAAUCGGAGCUGCAAAGGUACGGAAGUCCGGUGGAUGCAGACGAGGAUGAGGAGGGCGGUGUCAUCCACCCGCCGCUUGCCUUCUCUCCGUCCACCUGUCUGGGCAUCUGUUGGGACGCUCCAUGUGAUCACGGCUCAGAGAUCACUUCCUACCUGAUCGACCUCGGAGAGAAGCAGCCCAUCGUCGUCGGUCCUGUCACCAAAUACGUCAUCCAGAAUCUGCAGCCUGACACCAGCUACAGGAUCCGAAUCCAAGCCCAGAAUAGCCUGGGAACGGGGGCCUUUAGCCACACCUUUAAGCUAAAGACGAAGCCCCUGCCCCCACAGCCUCCACGCCUGGAGUGCACCGCCUUUAGCCAUCAGACCCUCAGGCUCAAGUGGGGCGACGGCCCAGCCAAAACCGCCACCUCCGACACCCUCCAGUCUCAUCUGCAGAUGGAGGACAAGAACGGCAGAUUUAUAUCCUUGUAUAAAGGACCAUGCCACACACACAAAGUCCAGAGGCUUAAUGAGUCUACCUCUUACACGUUCCGCAUCCAGGCCUUUAAUGAGGCGGGCGAAGGGCCCUUCUCCUCUGUUUACACGUUCACCACCCCACGCUCUCCUCCAGCUCCUCUGAAAGCCCCUAAAUUGGAGCGUCUGGACGACAACUCUUGCGAAGUCACAUGGGAGUCCCUCUCACACAUGAAAGGGGACCCAAUCAGCUACAGCUUGCAGUGCAUGAUGGGAAACACGGAGUUCAAACAG